AUGAUCGGCUUCACUAAUACAUUACGAGUACAACUAACACUUGCCAGCGCCCGCCCGCGCGAGGCCAUCAAGCCCCUGUACGACCACGAACUCAAGAACGCCCCCGGCAAGUCUGUCAUCGGCGCCGAAGUGUCCUUUUCCCCUGACGCAUGGACGCCCCCUCAUCGCCAUUCGGGAGCCACUGUCGUCGCGACGGUGACGGAAGGAGAGGUUCUGAGCGGCAUGAACGGCAACCCGCCCAAGGUUUAUCAGGUCGGGGAGAGCUUCAUGGAGAUGCCCGGCUGCCAUCACACGGUCGGCGAGAACAACAGCAAGGAGAAGCCGGCGAAGAUGAUGGUGGUGUUCGUCAUUGAUACCGAGGUCAUCACCAAUGGUGGAUACGCGGCUCUAAUGGAGCUUGAUGCCGGCUGGUAA